AAAACCCCUUCCAGCAUUUUCUGGUAGUUCUCUGGUCUGGAGGCCUCCGCAACCACAUGGGAUUUUGUGUGUGUCUCUGGCUAGUCUCACACGAUCUCUCGCCGCGGAUUCACGUCUCUAUCGUGCUCCUCUAUGUUGCCAUUCCUCCACGAUCGUCAAAUCAGUACAAAAAGAGUUGUGUGAACCAAAAAUAAUUGCUAUGACCUCUGACAUCUAAAACUGAUCUGUUUCUUCAAUGACAAUUCAUCAGGGAAGGCGUAGAGUUAUCAGAAAGUCUUCUGGUGUACGAUGAGGAGACUCGUGGAUCUGGUGAUGAUCCUAUGGAUACUUGAGCCCUUUCAGACUGCUAUUGUACCUCCACCAUGGGCUGAUCCUGCCAGAAAUCCCUGUGCUGCUCGUCCUGGUGGUUGGCAAUUGCUCUUCUGGCCACCACUUCAACAGUGCUUUCGCAUCUUUCAGCUGGGAUUUCCAUGUCCAGACACAAUGGAACUGAGUCCUUCUCCAUCGGGAGUUGGAGCAGAGUGUCGGUGCCCACCAGGGACUGCUCAAAGUCCGCUCACAGCACGAUGUCAUCGUCUCUUUGCACAAGAUCCCUGUGAUGCUGGUCAAUUUUUUGCCCCUCGGCAAGAUCCUCCGCUCAAAUCGAUGGCAAAGAUAUCAAGGGGUAGAUGGGGAGCUUGUCGAACUCCUGGAGACUGUAGCGAUGGAGAGAUCUUCUGGCCAGCAGAUGGGAAGUGUUAUGGCAAGCUGACGAGAGGCCCUUGUCCACGAGGAAAACUCCUCACAGCAGCAAAAGACAAUUUGGCUGAGUGUCAUUGUCAAGCUUCUGGCCAUUUAGCGCCUUUCUUUCAUCUCGCAGAUGAACUGUGCUACGAACACUUUACCCGCGGUCCUUGUCCAGAGGGAGAUCUUUUUUUGCCUAGUGGAGAAUGUGGUUGUCGGAGAGAUUUGCCACAAUUUCACACAGAAUCUGGACAGUGCUUUGAAUUGGGCGCACCUGGACCCUGUCCAGGAGGACAUGUCUUUCAGAUAGAGGAAGGCGGUUCCGGAGGACAGUGCAGAUGCCGUGAAGGAAAUGUUCUGUGGUCAGAAGAUGGAUUGUGCUAUAGAGCGUUUACUCGAGGUCCCUGUGAAGCUGGAGAAUUUCUCAUGGCUUCCAAUUCCACUUGCGUGAAGAAUCCCUGCGCUAAGGGUGAACUGUUCUUUCCAGCUGAUGCUUCCUGCUAUCGAAUUGGAACCCAAGGACCGUGUACUCUCCAUUCAGUGAUUGUUUUUGAUUUCACUGCUCGACCUUCAAUUGACGGGGUAUCCUACAACGGAGUAUGUGGUUGUGCAGGGAUUGUCACCACUCUCUCCCAGACCUGCUCAGAGAGAGAACCUCAAGCCAGUGCUUGUCGAGGAACUCCGGGGAUGGCUGAGGUGGCUGGAGAGUGUCACAAACUUUAUACCCGAGGGCCCUGUGGGCCAGGAGAAUGGCUAGAACCAGCAAAGGGAGCUAAUGGAAGAGCAACUUGUGAAUGCAAACCAGAGUAUCAGAGAUUUGAGACAGCCAAUGGGGUCAGAGGAUGUCAUGCUCCCAGCGUCGGCAUCGCCAGGUAUCUCAAUAGACGCAUUCAGAGUAAAGCCGAGAAGAUUGCCUUAAGGCAAAAAAUCCCCAUUAAUUCCUCCAUUUGAGUUUAAUUCUUUCUCAUUUCUUCAGAGGUUGUGGUUCGGAUUAGUGGAAGGUUCAUUUGCAAUUACAAGGAGUGAUCAAAUACGAUCAAUACGUUAUGUAGCAACAAUAAUUAUUAGAUUAUUUUUCGUGCUAUAAACUCAUUUUCAAUAUGGUUACUCAACGAUACGAUAGGAAUGUUUGAAUUGUUUUGCUCUAUAAAUUUUGGAAUUGUGGUGGCGAAAAGCAAUGUUUUUAAUUUUGUAAUUUUAUCGUCAUUCUUAUGCACCAACGCACAGAAUAUAACUUUUGAUCUCUCUCACUCUCAUUGAAAUUUGUAAACAUGUUUGUUUUGAUGUUUGUGACAUUUCAGUGAGAGUGAGUGAAAUCUAGAUCUAGUCAUCUCGCUCUCUCUCAUAGAAAAUUAUGAAAACAUAUUUACAAACAAAAGUUAUUG